UGAAGUUGGUUAUAAAUUGUCACGGGGUGUGGUGAAGUGAGAAACGUUGAGAGGUUAUGUGAAUUUUUUAAACAAUUUUAAAUUGGAACAAAUAUUUUUCAAUAUGUUAGAGUUAAAUCAUAGGGCGCACAAAAAGUAUUUAAAAAGGUUUUUACAAAUGUUACCAGCAUACGGCGCUUCAUACGAUAGCACAAGGGUUGUAAUAGCAUAUUUUUCCAUAUCUGGAUUAGAUAUCCUACAAGAUAUUGAAAACUUAACUGAAGAUUACAAAAAGAAAAUCAUUGAUUGGGUUUAUAGUUUGCAAGUUAUUAAUGAUGAAGAGUUAGCAAGUGGAUUUCAAGGAUCAUCAUCAUUAAAUACAUUAGAAAAUAAAGAUAAACCAGCUCCAUAUAAAUGGGGACAUGUUGCAAGCACAUACACCGCAUUAUGUAUUUUAUUAAUACUCGGAGAUGAUUUAUCUAGAGUCAAUAAACCUUCUUUGUUGAGAAGUUUGAGGUCUUUACAACAACCAAAUGGUGUUUUUAGUAGUUUUAAAGAGGGAUCAGAAAGCGAUAUGCGUUUUAUUUAUUGUGCGGCGUGUAUUUGUUAUAUUUUAGAUGAUUGGUCAGGUAUUGAUAUUGAGAAAGCUACAAAAUACAUUCUUAACAGUUUCACUUAUGAAUCUGCUUUUGCUCAAGGUCCAGAUUUAGAAGCACAUGGUGGGUCAUCAUUUUGUGCGAUAGCUGCAUUAUCAUUAAUGAACAAAUUAUCCAUUUUAAAUAAGAAACAAAAAGAUUAUUUAGUUAGAUGGUUGAUAAUGCGACAGAAAUCCGGUUUUCAAGGUCGACCCGAUAAAGAAGUCGAUACUUGUUACUCAUUUUGGAUUGGUGCUUCAUUAAAAAUUUUAAAUGCUUUCGAUUGUGUUAAUUUCGAAGAGAAUCGGACGUAUAUUUUAAUGACGCAGGAAGGACUGUACGGUGGUUUUUCCAAAUGGGUGAACACGCAAAGUGAUCCUUUACAUACUUAUAUGGGAUUGGCAGGAUUGAGUUUGAUGAAGGAAAAUGGGUUAAAUGAAGUUAUGCCCCUAUUAAAUAUUAGUUGUAGGGCUUAUAAUCAUUUAAAAGAGUUGCAUAAGAAAUGGAUGGAUUAGAUUUAUGUAAAUAAAAUCUUUUUAAGGUUUUCAAAGACUGUUUUAAAUUUAUUUAGGCUCACAAUUUUAUAUGGAAUAAAUUAGUUAAUAAUAA